AUGUCUAUGAAGAAGAAGAUCGGUCUCACAAUUGCCCUGGGUAUGGGAGUGAUUUCGGGUUGCGUUGGCAUUGUGAAGACGACCGGCAUUCCUACGUUCUUGAGUGAGGACCCUGCAUUCCGAUCCUCGCUCGAAAUGUUCAAAGGUCGUCCAAUCUGGCGCACUGACAAGAGCUCAAGCAACCGCCAGUACGAAGACUACAGUAAGCAAAGCACGCAGAAGCAGCAGGACGCGAUCGAGCUUCGGAGCAAGCAUCGCAAGAAGGUCGAUGCGUACGGGUUCACGAUACACGCCAAGGACGAAAGUGAAGAGGCUAUUGUACAUCCGGACAAACGAUCCGCGAGCGCCUCGUCUGACCGGAGGAGUGGCGGCUACAGUCAGGAGGAGUCGGAGCACCACCACAACCAUCACCGCCAGCAUCACCGUCAACAUCAACACCGCCACCACGGCGGGACGUACCAUAAUCAUGGGGAGCAUCAGAUUGUAAAGAGUACUGCGAUCACCGUGACUUACGACCAAGGAGAGGAGGGGCCAACGUCAGCGGCGACCAGGUGGGCUGCUAUUUAG